UCGUUCUUCUGCAUCUUUUUGAGACAUGAUGUUUGAGAUGUUACGUAAGUGGAAGAAGGCGGUCCUAGAAAUGUGUUUUAAAUGAGAAUCAAAGGACAAAUCAGGAUCAAAGAUAAGGGCAAUGUCCUCUAGCACAGCUUCAUCAUUAGAUAAUGUGUCUCUGAGGUGUUUAGGGCCAAGUAUCAGAACCUCUGUUUUAUCUGAGUUUAAUAAGAGAAGGUUUUUAUGUCCUUGAGACAUGAACUUCAGUUAAUUGAUGACACUGUUCUGGUUUUAUUGAUACGUAUAACUGGGUGUCAUCUGCAUAGCAGUGGAAGUUUACAGAGUGUGUCCUGAUAGUGUUUCCUAGUGGAAGCAUACAACUUCAUGAGAUAGUUUGAACAGCUUAUUUAUUAUGAGUAUAUAUAUAUAUAACCCUAUAAAAAGGAAGAAAUAAUUGUUGCUAUAUCAUGCAAAUGAUUCUAAAUAGAGGUUAGUAAGGUAGAUAAGUGAGUGGGCACGUGGGUACAUGUUGUUUUCAGCACCGUGUUGCGGACAUGUUCCGGUAACUGUGCUCGUCUCGUCACCCCUCCCUCCGGCACCUUAUUUACAAAUGAAGCACUGGUUUGGUCCAUGUCCCAUCUACUAACAUGGAGGAGGUUUAUGACCUAUAAUGCAGCCGGCCACCAGGGGGUGAUCAGUAUGUUUUAGGAUGGGUCAUGUUGUCCAUCUUUAUUUAUAGUUUGUGAUCUGAUACACCUGAUCUCUGUGUGUGUGUGUGUGUGUGUGUGUGUGUUGCAGAGACACACAUUCAGUGGGAUUAGUGACGGCAGGUAUUUAAACUCAGAGUGAGGGAGUGAGGGAGUGAGUGAGUGAGUGAGGGAGUGAGUGAGUGAGUGAGGGAGUGCAGAGCAACAUGCAGCAGAUCUACAGACACACUGAUGAUCAGUUAGAAAUUUAUACAACUGUGUUUUCCCCACAAGUCUGCAGGUCGAGGACGAGGAGCAGACACGUGGAGGCCGAGCAGGUGGUGGUGGCGGGGACUCAGUACCGCUCCCGAUGGCCUAAGGAACUGGACCUGAACCCCGGAGACCGGAUCCAGGUUCUGUUUAAGGAGGAUGAGGACUGGUGGUUUGGACGCCUGUCAAAUGAACAUGAAGGUUAUUUCCCUGUGUCGUGUGUGGAGCCGCUGCAGGGCAGCGAUUCACCCAGAGCCACGCCCCUGUUGGUCAGGAGGGGGUCAGUGCCGGUCGCUGUGACACCUGCAGGCGCCCCCUGUGGUUGCACCAGCGGUCGCAGUACUCCGAAGCUGCUCAGAAAAAAAAGCAUCCUUCUGGGACUCGAGGGGGGGUCAGGUCACAGCUCCCCCGGCCUCCUCCACCGGGUCCUGGCCAAGUCCAGGAGAAAGAGCUGCCCCCACCUCCCCCACCUCCCCCACCCCGCUGCAGACCCCGGCUCCGUCAACACGGCCUUCCUGCCGGAUGACGCCGGAGACCACUGAAAUAUGAAAUAAUAAAUCCAAUAACAAC